AUGUUAACACAUAACUUAAACAAAGGACUCUAAGUCAUCGAGAAGCACUUAGAAGCAAGCAACUAAGAAGAGUAAAAAUAGCAACUAAUUGGAGAUAAUGGAAUGUGGUACAGCUACCUAAUUGAUCAUCAACCUGAUCUUAAAGUAUAAAAUCAUUUACCUUAAUCUUGGCUAAUACUAUACUACCUAUAGAUUAAAUUUGAUUAUGGAAACAAAUAAGGAAGCAGAUAUCCUUACAGCAAUGAGUGGAUGCCUCACUUUAAAAAUUGGGCAAUUCAAGCAAUUGGUAUUGACAUUAAUAUCAAAACUGAAAAGUAGCAAGAUAUGGAAAUUGAUGACCCAAUAUUAAACCAUGAAUUUCUUUAAGAGUUAGGUACAUAAAACUUUUCUAGAAGAUCAUUUUUAAAAUGGGAAAGAAUAAUGCAUUCUCACGGAGAAUCUUUAAAGGAAGCUUAUGCUCUUAGAAGUGGUAAAUUUGAAAGAGUUGUAGACAUGAAACUAGUAAAAUUAGCUAAUAGCCAUAAUAUUGUUCUUGUCCCAUACGGGGGAGGUACUAAUGUAACAAAUUCCUUGGAAAUGUCGAAAACUGAAAAGAGAAUGAUAGUCUCUGUUGAUAUGACGAGAAUGAAUAAAAUUAAAUGGAUCGACAGAGUAAAUAUGAGUGCUUGCAUUGAAGCUGGAAUAUAUGGAGCUGAUUUAGAAAAUGAAUUGAAAAAAUAGGGCUAUAUGGUUGGACACGAACCAGAUUCAUUAGAGUUUUCAACACUAGGCGGUUGGAUAUCAACAAGAGCAAGUGGAAUGAAAAAAAAUAUGUAUGGAAACAUUGAAGACAUAGUUUCAAAUAUUAAGUUUGUAACUUCAAAGGGAACUUAUACGAAAACAAAUAAUUGGCCAAGAAUCUCAAACGGUCCUGACCUUAAUCAUAUUGUUUUGGGACAUGAAGGAAACUUUGGUAUUGUUACUGAAGCAGUUUUGAGAAUUAGGACAUUACCAUAAGUAAAGAAAUUUGGCUCAAUCAUAUUUCCUGACUUUGAACUUGGAAUAAAAUUUAUGGAUCAGGUUGCAAGGACUAGACUAUGGCCUGCUUCAAUUAGACUAGUCGAUAAUCUACAGUUCUAGUUUAGUUAAGCUCUAAAAACAUCAAGUAGUAGUAUCACCUAAGACUUUACAGAUUCAUUGAAAAAAUUCUAUGUACUGUAAGUAAAAGGAUUUGAUCAGAAUAAAAUGAGUGCGUGUACUAUUGCCUAUGAAGGUGGUCGGGAAGAAGUAGAAGCUUAAGAACAGAAUAUUGCAAGAAUAGCCAGAAAAUUCAAUGGAAUGCUUACAGGAGAAGAAAAUGGCUUAAGAGGGUAUUCUCUUACAUUUAUGAUUGCAUACUUAAGAGAUUUUGGUUGCUCCUAUAAUUUUGUAGCUGAAUCAAUUGAAACAUCUUGUCCUUGGAGCCAAGUAAAUAUUUUGUGCAAAUCAAUCAAAGAAACUCUGAUUAAAUCUAGUUAAAGUAGAGGGAUCCCAGUUAAUAAAAUAUUUGCAUCAUUCAGAGUUACCUAACUUUAUGAGACUGGUGCAGCAGUUUACAUUUAUUUUGGAUUUAGUUAUGGUGAUAUGCAAAUAAAAAAUGUAGUCUAAAUGUAUGAAGAAAUUGAAAAUGAAGCUAGAGAUGAAAUUUUGAGAAAUGGAGGGAGUAUAUCUCACCAUCAUGGUGUUGGUAAGAUUAGAAAGAGAUUUUCAGAAAAGACAAUGCCUCCAAUGGCUAUUGAUAUUAUGAGAAAUUUUAAGGAUAUAAUUGACCCAAAGAAUGUUUUUGCAGUUAAUAACACAAUAUAUUAGAAUGAAGAAGAACGGUAAAAUGAUUUGACCCAUAAACUUUGA